AUGUCUGUGUGGAACCUACUCUUCUGUUUGGUGCUAGUUGCAGGGACCAGCUCCCGUUCUAUUCCAAGAUUGUCUAGAGUGUAUGAGGUGGAAGAUGAACCGAAUGUUAAUCCGUUCAUUAACUUGGGAUCCAAAACGCCCUUGAUUGAGGGAGACAUUGCCUUGCCUUCUUCCCGUAGUGCUCUAAUCAAUACAACAUACAGAUGGAAGUUUCCGAUCCCCUACAUCCUGUCCGACAGCCUGGACCUGAACGCCAAAGGAGCCAUCUUCCAAGCGUUUGAAAUGUAUCGCCUGAAGUCCUGUAUCGAUUUCAAACCUUAUGAAGGGGAGAAGUCCUAUAUCAAGUUUGAGAAACGAGACGGAUGUUGGUCCAUGGUAGGGGACCAGCAGAAUGGGCAGGUCCUGUCUUUAGGCUCAGGCUGUGACCAUAAGGCUGUAAUUGAACAUGAGCUCCUUCACGCCCUUGGUUUUUACCACAUGCAGUCACGUCAGGACCGAGAUGACUACGUUAAGAUCUGGCUUGAUCAAGUUCUCCCAGGCCUGGAGCAUAACUUUAACAAGUACGACGACAGUUUCGUGACGGACCAGAACACUCCUUAUGAUUAUGAAUCUGUCAUGCACUACCGUCCAUUUGCUUUCAACAAAGACCCUAACAUUCCUACCAUUACCACCAACAUCCCAGAAUUCUUUAACAUCAUCGGCCAGUAUCUGGAUUUCAGCGAACUGGACGUUGUGAGACUCAAUCGAAUGUAUAACUGCACUUCCCCUCUUACGUUACUGGACCAGUGUACUUUUGAGUACAUCAACGUGUGCGGAAUGAUUCAGAGCUCCACUGAUGAUGCUGAUUGGAUCCACACCAAAGGCAGCCCUGGUUCUGAGGACCACACUCACCUUGGACAGUGUAGAGAUGCAGGAUACUUUAUGCACUUCGACACUUCAGUAGGGAAGGCAGAAGAGUCUGCCCUUCUCGAGUCACGGAUCCUCUACCCCAGGAGAAAGCUGCAGUGUCUUCAGUUCUUCUACAAAAUGUCAGGGAGCGUCAAAGACAGGCUGGUUAUCUGGGUCAAGAUGGAUGAUGGCACAGGGACAGUUCGCAAACUAAUGAAAGUGCACACGAUUUGGGCUGAUGGUAAUCAUGCAUGGAAAAUUGCACACGUGCCAGUGGAAGUUGGGGCGAAAUUCCGUUAUGCAUUCCAGGCUGUGCGGGGAGAUCCAAGUGGAUCAAGCGGUGGCAUUUUCAUCGAUGACAUCAGCCUGACUGAGACACGUUGCCCUGCUGCUGUCUGGCAGAUUCACAAUUUCUCCCAAAUCUUGGAGACUGCCACUGAAAGCACAUAUCUGGACAGCCCUCGUUUCUAUAGCCCUGAAGGCUAUGGUUUUGGCGUCCAUGUGCGACCUUAUUCAGGAUACUCUGAUUACACAGGCAACUACACCGGCCUGUACUUCCACUUGGCUAGUGGUGAGAAUGAUGUGGUCAUGCAGUGGCCAGCCUUGGACAGACAGGCCACUCUUGUGGUGAUGGACCAGGACCCAGACAUCAAGCUCCGCAUGUCCUCCGCUCGCAGUUUGACUACAGAUAUGGCCACCACUACCGAUGGGACACUGUUCUGGGACAAUCCAACAAAAGUGGGAGCGUUUGACCCUGAAUGCAAGUGUUACAGGGGUCAAUCAAGAGGGUGGCGCAACUUCAUCAAGCAUUUUGACUUGCAUAGACGGAACUAUCUAAAAAAUGAUGACCUCAUCAUCUUCAUCGAUUUUGAAGACUUAACGCCGCUGAAACAGUCUGAAGUUCCCAUCGUACCACAGCAGUGA